AUGAAGACCGUCGCAACCAUCCUCGCCGCUGCCAUCUUGGCUCGCGCUGAGAUUGCUACUACGUCCUUGCCGCCUCUGUCGGAUAUCAAGGCUGCUGCGGCUACUACCCUGCCCGAAUCUCCCACCUCCGAUGUCAAGGGUCUUGCCUUCAACCGGUUUUACCAGGUCUGGCUCGAGAAUAUCGACUACUCCGACUCCGAGUCCGAUUCUAACCAGGAGUGGCUAGCUAAGCAGGGUAUUCUGCUUACCAACUAUUAUGCUGUCACUCACCCUUCUGAGCCCAAUUACUGUGCUGCUGCCGGUGGUGACACCUUUGGAAUGGAUAAUGACAACUUCAACCAGAUCCCUGAGAAUAUCUCCUCCAUUGUUGAUCUUCUCGACACCAAGGGUAUUUCAUGGGGCGAGUAUCAGGAGCAUUUGCCAUACCCCGGCUACCAGGGCUACAAUUACUCCAACCAAAAUACUUAUGCCCCGGACUAUGUCCGCAAGCACAACCCGCUGGUUCUUUACGACUCAGUCGUCAAGAACGACACCAAGGCUCGCCAGAUCAAGAACUUCACCAAUUUCGAUGAGGAUCUGGAGAAGAAGCAGCUGCCCCAGUGGGCUUUCAUCACCCCUAACAUGACCAAUGAUGCUCAUGACACCAACAUCACAUUUGCCUCCAAGUGGGAGCGCCCGUGGGUUGAGAAGCUUUUGAAGGAUGACUACUUCAUGAAGGAUACUCUCCUUCUUUUGAGCUACGAUGAGGAUAAAAACUACACCCACAAGCAUGCCAACCGGGUCUUCUCUAUCCUUGUCGGUGGAGCAGUUCCCGACCACCUGAAGGGAACCACAGAUGACACUUUCUACACCCACUACUCGACCAUUGCCUCUGUCAGCGCUAACUGGGGACUCCCCAGUCUGGGCCGCUGGGACUGUGGUGCCAAUCUGCUGCAAAUUGUCGCCAACAAGACCGGCUACGUCAACUACAAAGUCGACACAACUAACCUGCUUCUGAACGAGACCUACCCCGGCCCUAUGGCAGAUGGCGACUACGCCAAGUUCUCACCUGAAUGGCCCGUUCCUCUGACCAGCGGCAACUGCUCUGCUGGUCACGGUAUUCUCGACAUUGUCAAGAAGACCUAUGCUGGAAAGGCCGCGACUUACAACUACACUAGCCCCUACCCAUGGAACGAGAAGGUCGGUUACAACGACAAAGUCACUGCUAGCAAGUCCUCAAACUCCACCUCGGCCUCUAGCAGCCCUUCCGCAUCCUCCACGAAGAACUCUGCUGCCGUCGUGGGUGCCUCUGGCUCCCUGGCUCUUACCGGAGCUCUGGUGAGUCUCGCCUCUUAUUUCCUUUGA